UAUUAUGCUUGCACAGCCCUGUGAACGCCUGACACAGACUCUGAGACUUUGCGAAUGUUCAAAAUCACCGAUUCACUCCACUCCGAACUGAUUCAAAAUCAAUAAUGCGUCAAUGCGACCGGGAGAUGAAGCGGAGAUUGCUGUCGGGCACAGAGUGUGCACAAGUCGAUAUGAAGAUAGAACCAUUGCUCCAGCUCCAUAAGCACAAGUUUAGCCACGCCUCAAGAGUACUUUGCAGCAGUCUUCGAGUGGAUGCAGAAGGAAGGUUUCGAUGCUCUUCAUGGGUGCUGCGUCUGGGGAGCUUAGCCCCGCGAAAGUGGGGCUCUUCCGCAGGCACCUACCGCCGCCUCACGUAGGCAAACAGUCGCGAGAGCUCUAAACAAGACACUCGACGCACACUUCUAUCAACCGACUUGAUAUCACUGCGCUGCCUCCUCGAUAGAGCUUGAAGAACACGACCCGAACCUCACUCUUCACUUCACCACCAACGGCACAGCAAUGUCCGACGACGAUGAUUUCAUGCAAGACUCCGGCGAGGAGGAGUACGACUUCGAAUACGAGGACGAUGAUGACGAGCAGAGUGGCGAUGUCGACAUCGAGAACAAGUACUACAAUGCGAAGCAGCUCAAGGCCGACGAUCCCGAGGCGGCCAUAGAUGAAUUCUUGGGAAUGCCUGCUCUAGAAGAAGAGAAGUCGGACUGGGGCUUCAAGGGACUGAAGCAGGCAAUCAAGCUGGAGUUUAAGCUGGCCCGCUACGACCAGGCUGUUGAGCACUACAAAGAGCUGCUGACCUACGUCAAGUCGGCCGUCACGCGCAACUACUCCGAAAAGUCCAUCAACAACAUGCUCGAUUUUAUAGAAAAGGCCGCAGAGGACGCCGAUGCAUAUCGCUGCAUGGAGAACUUCUACGCCCUGACCCUCGAUAUCUUCCAGAGCACCAACAACGAGCGGCUUUGGCUAAAGACCAACAUCAAGCUCGCGAGGCUGUGGUUGGACAGGAAGGACUACCGUCAGCUUACGGAGAAGCUCCGCGAGCUACACAAAGCCUGUCAGAAGGAGGAUGGAACAGACGACCCGAGCAAAGGCACAUACUCACUGGAAGUCUACUCGCUAGAGAUUCUGAUGUACGCCGAGACCAGGAAUAACAAGCGGUUAAAGGCACUCUACCAACGAGCGCUCAAGGUCAAAUCCGCGGUUCCACACCCCAAGAUUAUGGGUAUUAUCCGAGAAUGUGGUGGCAAAAUGCACAUGAGCGAAGAGAACUGGAAGGGCGCGCAGAGUGACUUCUUUGAGAGCUUCAAAAACUACGAUGAGGCUGGAUCACUCCAACGAAUCCAGGUUCUGAAGUAUUUGGUCCUAGCGACCAUGCUGUCGGGUUCCGAUAUCAAUCCGUUUGACUCGCAGGAAACCAAGCCCUACCAGAACGACCCGCGCAUCUCUACAAUGACUGACCUGGUCAACGCCUAUCAGCUUGAAGACAUUCACGGUUACGAGAAGAUCCUGCAGAACAAUCAGGAUCUGCUCCAAGAUCCUUUCAUUGCCGAGAACAUUGACGAAGUUACGCGCAACGUGCGAACCAAGGCUGUGGUCAAGCUCGUCGCACCCUACACUCGCUUCACGUUAGCGUUUAUUUCCAAACAGCUGAAGAUAUCUCUUUCCGAGGUGCAGGAAAUUGUAGGGUUCCUAAUAGUUGACAAGCGGUUGCGCGGCAAGAUCAACCAGCAGAACGGAACGGUAGAGAUUGAGAGUAGCACAGACAUGGAUCGGGUGCAGGCGAUGAAGGAAUGGAGUAGUGCCAUUGGAGCGUUGUGGCAGACAGUGCUAAACGAAGGCGACGGCUUCAAGUCAGACGAGAGCGGUUCUCAAUUCACGCCUGGUGGUGGCGGGCCCCAAAGCAUGAGCUGGAAUCAAGGUUCGAUGGGUGGCAAGUCCGGUCGAGGUAAAGGCAAGGGUGUGGGGAGGCUUCCGGGAGUAAUGGGCAAAGGAUGACUUGCAGCAUCGGUCGCGCGCGGUUCACAAGGCGACCUGUAACUGGGUUUCCGGGCAGGCCACGGAGUAAAGAUAGUUGCACAGUACCGUCACCCGGGCGUUUCUCACCUGAAGUAAUUGAGACAUGCGGUCAAGUUGCUCAAGGCAAGAGAUGGGGUUGGGCAAUCGGGUAGCACCGGGCAAGAAUUUGCGUGCACAUGAGCGGCAGGCGUCUCAACAUAGCAUGUGGGCAGCGGACAUGUUCGGUCACGCAAUGAAGUGCAAUUACCCACAGGUCAGCAGCGGUUCACUUUUGUCUGUAUGUAACAUGGCCUCGUUUUCUGGUAACAAAAGCCAAGGUCCCGACUGCGCGGUCAUCGCGGUAGCCUGCUGCCACCAAGCGCCCCCGUAUCUCGAUGCCAG